AAAAGGGAGAAAUCUCCUUUUUAGAUCCGGUCAAAUUGACCAGAUUUAAAAAGGAGAUUUCUCUCUUUUCUACUGAACAUGUACGAGAUAUUAAAGUCGGACAUUCUACAAAUUCUGAAACUGAAGAAGUUACAGUUCAUGAUAUUGGAAAUGAAACUUUCUACAUUGAUACUUCUGGGUUUGAUGAUUCGGAUGAAAAUAAGAAUGAUGAAGAAAAUAAACGUUUAAUUUUUCAAAAGAUGCUAGAUUCAGGAAUUUCCAAAAUAACAACAAUUUUAUGGUUUGUUACAUCUGACGCAAAAUUUAUAGAGUUACUUGCAAAGGACUAUGACAACAAUGUCUGGGAUAAUACAAUCAUUGUCACUAAAGGAAACAAAAUUAAAAACGGUCCUCGUGAAGCUGCCAGACAAGUAGUCAUAAAAAAUUAUAAGAAAAAAUAUGGUAAAAUGUUGGGUAUAGAAAACAACCUGCUUGCAAAGACCACUGAUCUUGCAAUUUUAUUAUUUGAAAGUCUACCAAAUGAGAGUAUUUAUGUUAAAAUGAAUUUAUCAAGUGAUCAAUUAAAUGAAUUUUGUAUUUAUAAAGCAUCCGAACCAGAUCGAAUUCUCGCAAAAUAUAAAAUACUAAUGGAAGAGCAUUCUAAGCAUCCUAUAUGUCUAAAUUUUAAAAUAAUCAAAUGUUUAAGAUGUCCGAAAGAAACUGAUCCAAGACUGGCAGAUCCAAAAUGUCAUUUAGAGGUUGAUUCAGUUCAUUCUGAAAUGAAACAAAUUUAUAUUGGAAAGAUUAUAUAUAUAUACCCAAAUAGUCUUUAUAAAUAUCAUUCUGACCAGUUAGUAGCUUAUCAUGCAGGCUCACUUGUUUUUGGACACCCUGGUAAGCCUAUUGAUAGUAGAAUAGAUAAUAGUCCUGGUGAGUGGGCUGCUCGGAUACUUACUUUAGGGGAUAUCACUAAUCCUAUGAUUCCCGGAUACUGGA